AUGAGGGCGGGCUCGGAGGGCAGCGGGGAGGGCGAGGGGCUCUCCAGCCUGCGGGCUUUCGCCCACAGCUCCUCGCUGCACGGCAUCAGCCACGUCUUCGCCUACGGGGCCGUGUCGCUGCGCCGCGUGCUGUGGGGCGCCUUCUUCCUGGGCUCACUGGGGCUGCUGCUGCUGGUCUGCGCCGAGCGCAUCGCCUACUUCCUCACCUACCCCCACGUCACCAAGCUGGACGAGGUGGCUGCCCACAACCUCACCUUCCCGGCCAUCACCAUCUGCAACCUCAACGAGUUCCGAUUCUCCAAGAUCACCCGCAACGACAUGUACCACGUGGGCGAGCUGCUGGCGCUGCUCAACGACCGCUACGAGAUCAGCAACCCGCAGCUGGCUGAGCCCCACGUCCUGGCCGCCCUGCGUGACAAGGCCAACUUCAAGAACUUCAAGGCGAAGCCCUUCAGCAUGGCCGAGUUCUACAACCGCACCGGCCACGACCUGGCUGACAUGCUGCUGCAGUGCUCCUUCCGCGGCGCCAACUGCCUCCUUCCGCGCGCCAACUUCACCGCGCGCAACUUCACCGUGAUCUUCACCCGCCUCGGCAAGUGCUACACCUUCAACUCGGGGGGGCCAGGCCGGGAGGUGCUGACCACGCUGCAGGGCGGCGCGGGGAAUGGCCUGGAGCUGAUGCUCAAUGUCCAGCAGGAGGAAUACCUGCCCGUCUGGGGGGACACGGACGAGACCUCCUACGAGGCAGGGGUGAAGGUGCAGAUCCACAGCCAGGAGGAGCCCCCCUUCAUCGACCAGCUGGGUUUUGGUGUGGCACCCGGCUUCCAGACCUUCGUGUCCUGCCAGCAGCAGCGGCUGGUGUACCUGCCCCCACCCUGGGGGGACUGCAAGGCCACCCCCAUCGAGUCCGACUUCUUCACCAACUACAGCAUCACCGCCUGCCGCCUGGACUGCGAGACCCGCUACCUGGCCGAGCACUGCAACUGCCGCAUGGUGCACAUGCCAGGUGAGAGGGGGACAUGCUCACCCACACCCCUCCCAGACUUCCUGGUGAAGAAGGACAGCGAGUACUGUGCCUGCCGUACGCCCUGUGCCAUGGUGCGCUACGGCAAAGAGCUCUCCAUGGUGAAGAUCCCCAGCAAGGCCUCCGCCAGGUACCUGGCCAAGAAGUUCAACAAGACGGAGCAGUACAUCGCGUGA